GCUUCGGCCCUCUCGGGUGCGGGGUGUGCGUAGUCCGGCGAAAGAGUUGUGAGCCACAGCUUCCGGUACAAAGCUGGUGGCUUUCCGCGGUCGCAAGGGAUUCCUUGAUGUUUCCCUAGCUUCCGGUAGUUCAUCUUCUUCUUCUUCUUUUUUUUUUUUUAAAUAAAUACUGAAUGUGACGUAUUAAGCAAGCCGACGGAAAUAGAAUUGAAAGAGUUCUAAAAUGGCGAACCGUACAGUGAAGGAUGCCCACAGCAUCCAUGGCACCAACCCUCAGUAUCUGGUGGAGAAGAUCAUCCGGACGCGAAUCUAUGAAUCAAAGUACUGGAAAGAAGAGUGUUUUGGACUUACAGCUGAACUUGUCGUGGACAAAGCCAUGGAGUUAAAGUUCGUUGGUGGUGUGUACGGUGGAAACAUAAAGCCGACUCCUUUUCUGUGUUUAACCCUGAAGAUGCUGCAGAUUCAGCCUGAGAAGGAUAUCAUUGUUGAGUUCAUAAAAAAUGAAGAUUUCAAGUAUGUGCGGAUGCUGGGGGCACUUUACAUGCGGCUCACAGGAACUGCAAUUGAUUGCUACAAGUACUUGGAGCCUUUGUACAAUGACUAUCGAAAAAUCAAGAGCCAGAACCGAAAUGGAGAGUUUGUACUGAUGCAUGUAGAUGAGUUCAUUUAUGAACUACUGCACAGUGAGAGAGUCUGUGAUAUCAUUUUGCCCCGGCUACAGAAACGGUAUGUGCUGGAAGAAGCUGAGCAACUGGAGCCUCGAGUUAGUGCCCUAGAAGAGGACAUGGAUGAUGUGGAGUCUAGUGAGGAAGAGGAGGAGGAAGAUGAGAAGCUGGAAAGAGUGCCAUCACCUGACCAUCGAAGAAGAAGCUACAGAGACUUGGACAAGCCAAGGCGUUCACCUGCACUGCGCUACAGGCGGAGCCGGAGUCGUUCUCCCAGAAGGCGGAGUAGAUCCCCUAAAAGAAGAAGUCCUUCUCCCCGAAGAGAAAGGCAUAGGAGCAAGAGUCCACGACGCCAUCGGAGCAGGUCUAGAGACAGACGACACAGAUCCCGCUCUAAAUCCCCAGGUCACCACCGUAGUCACAGACAUAGAAGCCACUCAAAGUCUCCUGAAAGGUCUAAGAAAAGCCACAAGAAGAGCCGGAGAGGAAAUGAGUAAUGGAUUCAUCUUGAUUUUAGUCCAGAUGACCUCCUGUGGCUAUGAGAGCAUCUGUUUAAGUGGGAUGAUCGAGAUCUCCUCUUCAGGCAGCUAUGAGUAUUUUGGGUUUUUCAAAAUCAACUUCUUUUGUUGGGUUUUGUUUUUAUUUUAAUAUUACAGAGGUGCUAAGUUUUGUAUCUCUUUGGAUUAUAACCAACAGCUUUGAAGAGUGUUUUUGACCAAAUCAAGGUCAAGUUUUGGCCUAACCCACUAUGGUUAUUCAUACUUAGCAGGGUCAAGACGACCUGGGAAUUUGAGAGGUAAAAAGAUGUGAUCCUUUCAUUUGUAAUUAAACUUGCCGCAGUUCUCAUUUUCUCUGGCUUUUUGUUUCUUCUCUAUAAUUAACUGCUUUGAGAAUCCUCUGUUUUCUGCUGCUGCUAUGUAAACAUGAUAUGUAAACACCCAGCUAGUAAAACAUAGUAAUUCCUACUUCUCAUUAGGAAUUACUACAGCAGUAGUGGUAAACAUACCACUACUACAGCAUAGUGGUAAACAUAUUUUGUAAACAUACAAAAUACCUAGUUAGUAGUUUUGCAAGAACAGAAUAUAUUGAAACAUAAAGCUUUUUCUAGAUUUUUUAAUUCAGGUUCAUUAAACAAUUCAACAUGAUUGCACUUAACAUCCUUCAUACAAGCCAGGUAUCAUGGUUCACACCUGUAAUCUCAACACAGGCUGAAGCAGAGCACUGUUUCUGGUUUUGACCUAAAUUGCUAGAUAACAGAAGAGACUGCUUUUAGAAGGUAUGGGAGUGAAAGGGUUGUGGUAGGAAUGAAAAUAACACUCAAUUUAGUAAGUAUGAGACAGUUGUGGUCUUUCUGUAUGGGUGAAAAUAGGGACUAGUGGAGUCCAACAUAGUGAUCGAGGCUAUCACGACUGGCAGUUGUGGAGGAUUUAGAUGCCCAGAGACAUUGUAUGAGUAGAUGUAAGAACUAACAGCAGUGCCACAGGCAAUGCCAAUACUUGUGACUAGUAAUACAGGUCACCUAGUAAAUAUUGGAAUUAGCAAUUCACAAAGGUAAGAGAAAUCAAAGACACAAGUCCAUAGGAGCUGAUACUUGAUUGAGAGUAUUAAGAUCCUAACUAGAGCAGCUCCUUUUGCCUGUACUUACCUUUUCUCCUUUAAGAUGGGAGAAAUGACUGACUUUGCAACUCUACACCUAGGAGAAAUUGUAAAUAUCAGCAGCCUUAUUAGGAUCCAGCUUCUCAGGGAAUCAUAUCUGGUUACAGGAUAAAUAUUUCUAUUGUUCUCUGUUAACUGGGGUACUUUUAUAGCAAUUCUAACAGUUGUGCUUUCAUAUUCUUCAGUGAUUAAAAACUUGAUACAUAAAUUAAUAAAGUUGUAAGACGUA